AUGAGCUAUGAUAUUGGCGAUAUUCCAAUGUCUGCAAUAUUCGGCGAUUUCAACAAUGAUGGAAUACAAGAUCUAGCUGAAGUCAAUCAAGGAGACAAUACUAUGCAUGUGUUGUUUGGCACUGAUAAAGGUACCUUUCCAAUUGCAACGACGUAUAGGACCGGUGUCGAUCCAAUCUCCAUAACAUCCGGUGAUUUCAAUCAUGAUAACUUAUUGGACUUGGCAGUGGCAAAUUUCGAUGAAGACACAGUUAGUGUACUACUUGGUGAUCACAAAGGAGGCUUUACAACUCAAACAAAAUAUGAAACAAAAGACAAACCAAUCUCUAUUACAUCAAGCGACUUUAAUAAGGAUGGUUAUCUGGAUAUAGCCGUGGCUAUUUUUAGUGAUAGCACUAUUAGUGUUCUCUUCGGUUGUGACAAUGGAACAUUUAGCAAACCAAUUUCAUAUUCGGCCGGAGGAGUGCCAGUUUUUAUAAUAUCAGGUGAUUUCAAUAAUGAUACGAAUAUCGAUUUAGCAGUGGCAAAUAUUGCCGAGAACACUACCAAUAUAUUGCUUGGUUAUGGUACUGUGUAUUUUCAGGCUCCAUUAAAAUUUAAUACGGGUAGAUAUCCAUGUUGGAUCACAUUGGGUGAUUUCAAUCACGAUCAAAAACAAGAUCUUGCAGUAACUAAUAAACACGAUAAUAAUAUUAGUGUGCUGCUGGGAAACGGGAACGGAACAUUCCAGACUCAAGUUACCUAUAAGAUCGGAGGACGUCCAAACUCUAUCAUAUCUGGUUAUUUCAACAAUGAUAACAAUCUAGAUUUGGUUAUUAUUAAUCAAAUGGAUAACAAUGUUAGUAUACUACUUGGCUAUGACAAUGGAACCUUUAAUGAGGGAUUCACAUAUAGUACUGGUGAUUUUCCAUUUGCCUUGACAUCGGGUGAUUUCAACAAUGAUACAAAGUUGGAUUUAGCAGUGACUAAUUCUAAUGAAAAUACAAUUAGUAUUUUAUUUGGGAAUGGGAACGGAACGUUUCAAACUCAAAUAAGAUAUUCGACUGGUUCGACACCACAUGCAAUUCUAUCGAAUCAUUUCAAUGAUGAUACAAAUCUGGAUUUGAUAGUAGUGAAUACCGACGAAAAUUGUAUUAAUUUGAUAUUAGGUACAAGAAAUGGAAUUUUUCAGGCUGGAAUAGUGUAUCCCGUUGGGCACAAUCCUCGAGUUAUAAUAUCAGGUGAUUUUAAUAAUGAUAAACGACUAGAUUUGGUAGUUGUCAACUCCGACGAUAAUAAUAUCGGUGUUUUCAUAGCCGAUAGAAAUGGAUUCUUUCAGUCUCAAGUGACAUAUACCACUGGCAAAUCACCAAUAUCAAUUACAUCGGGUGACUUUAACAACGACAAAAAUUUAGAUUUAGUUGUAGUGAAUAAUCUCGAUAAUAACAUGAGCAUAUUUCUUGGUAAUGGUCACGGAUCAUUUCAAGCUACAAAUAUGUAUAAUACUGGUAAUGCACCAAGCUGUAUAACAUCAGAUGACCUUAAUAAUGAUAAAGAGCUAGAUCUAGCUGUGACGAAUUUUAACGACAGUACGGUCAUGAUGAUGUUUGGCAAUGGAGACGGGACCUUUCGAAGUCCUAUUAGUCAUGAAACUGGAAAGAAGCCGAGCUAUGUUAUAUCUGUUGAUUUAAAUCAAGAUGGAAGAAAAGAUCUAGUAGUAACAAAUUUCGGUUCGAAUACUAUAAUCAUAUUUCAAAGUAAUGACAGUGGACCAUUUCUGAUUGAACUGCAUUACAUCGUUGGUAAGAAACCAAUAUCAGUUGUAUCGGGUGAUUUUAACAAUGAUAGCAAGAUGGAUCUGGCAGUAUUAUGCUAUGCAUCAAACAGUAUUAAUAUACUGCUGAAUACAAACAAAAUGUUCUCAUCCCAGACAACGUUAGGAGCGGGUUGUGGGCCUACUUCUAUAACAAUGGUUCCUUCAAACAACGGCAGAAAAAUAGAUCUUGCAAUAACAAAUAAAGGUACCAACGAACUGACUAUCUUUCGUAAUAUGUGCCUAUAA